AACCAUAGAGAAGCGGAAGGCGCUUGAGCAGAAAAGCUCGGAAGGAAAAGGGACUGUUGCUUGGUGUGUUUCGCGCUAGAAUGACCACGUUAGUGCUGGAUAACGGAGCCUACAACGCUAAAAUCGGUUACAGCCACGAAAAUGUCUCGGUUAUUCCUAAUUGUCAGUUCAGGUCAAAAACAGCUCGUCUUAAAACAUUUACUGCUAACCAGAUAGAUGAAAUAAAAGACCCUUCAGGACUCUUUUACAUCCUUCCUUUUCAAAAGGGCUACUUGGUGAAUUGGGAUGUUCAACGACAAGUUUGGGAUUACCUUUUUGGAAAAGAAAUGUAUCAGGUUGAUUUUUUAGAUACCAAUAUUAUUAUCACAGAACCGUAUUUUAACUUCACUUCAAUUCAAGAAUCAAUGAAUGAAAUUCUAUUUGAAGAAUACCAGUUUCAAGCAGUAUUAAGAGUAAAUGCUGGGGCUCUCAGUGCACAUCGGUAUUUCCGAGAUAAUCCUUCUGAACUGUGCUGUAUUAUUGUAGACAGUGGAUAUUCUUUUACACAUAUAGUUCCUUACUGUAGAAGUAAAAAGAAAAAAGAAGCCAUUAUUCGGAUAAAUGUGGGAGGGAAACUGUUAACCAACCAUCUAAAGGAGAUCAUCUCAUACAGGCAGCUACAUGUUAUGGAUGAAACACAUGUUAUUAAUCAAGUGAAAGAAGAUGUGUGCUAUGUGUCUCAGGAUUUUUACAGAGACAUGGAUAUUGCAAAGUUAAAGGGAGAAGACAAUACAGUAAUGGUAGACUAUGUUUUGCCUGACUUCAGUACAAUUAAAAAGGGCUUUUGUAAGCCAAGGGAGGAGAUGGUCUUGAGUGGAAAAUACAAAUCUGGGGAACAAAUUCUCCGUCUGGCCAACGAGAGAUUCGCCGUUCCAGAAAUACUCUUUAACCCUUCGGACAUAGGCAUCCAAGAAAUGGGAAUUCCAGAGGCUGUUGUCUAUUCCAUUCAAAACUUACCUGAAGAAAUGCAGCCACAUUUUUUUAAGAACAUCGUUUUGACCGGCGGAAAUUCCCUUUUCCCAGGAUUUAGAGAUCGGGUCUACUCAGAAGUUCGAUGUCUUACUCCGACCGAUUAUGAUGUUUCCGUUGUGUUGCCUGAGAACCCCAUUACUUACGCCUGGGAAGGUGGGAGGUUGGUCUCAGAGAACGAUGACUUUGAAGACAUGGUGGUGACCAGAGAGGACUAUGAGGAAAACGGACACAGCAUCUGUGAAGAGAAAUUUGACAUUUAAGGUGCCUUUCUGAAUGCAAGUCUUGAUUGGCCGCAACGGAAUAGUUUAAUUUCAGCGUUUCUAACAGAAGGCUAAGGACCUGUGUUCCUUUUCCGCCUGAGAUGAAGUCUUUGACCCGUGGCUGAUGUUUCACAGGCUUCCUAGUAUUAUUCCAGGAAACCACAACUCGGCCUGUAUCUCCGUUUAGGAGCCGCACCCACUUUGCAGUGCCUGGGCUGUCUUUGAGAGUAGGUUAUUUUUCAUUAGGAGAUGAAAAGGAACGUAGUUUUAAUUCCUCAGAGGGGAAGGCACAAAUUUAACUCUCACUGGUCAGUGUUCUAUAGAAGGUAGUUGUGAGACUUUGGCUAACUGGGCAAAGUGUUUAUAGGCUUAUUUGAUUUUUCUGACUCUUAAAAUAGUGUUGUAUUUAAAAAAUGUCAUCUUAAUGUACAGUAAAGUUGGAAAAACUAGUAUGCCAUGUGUAUGUAUAAUGUUGACUUUUUCCGUACGGUAAGUUUGAAAGACUGGAGACUAAAGCCAGUUCACUGAAAUUUUUUAGUCACUACUGUCUUCGCAGAAAUGUACCAUUGUAUUUGUUUGUUUGUUUAUAGUAUUAGACAUUGAACCCUGUGCCCUUGCACUGAGGUCCAUCUCCAGCCCUUUAAAAUUUUUGUUUGUU